GCAGCCUGGCAAACAGUUGCCGAUGAAGGUGGUGCGCUUUACGGAGAGACCUUGAUCGAUUCGAACCUACAGCGAUAGUGGUCAAUUUCCUCGGCAUUACAUCACUUGAAAUGGCACUAAUCCUGGGCAGGGACGUCUAAACCCCACCAGCCAGAUGGUCAUCGUCAGAUCUCUCCUCUUCUACAAACAUGCGUGCCGGGCUGAACUUCAUCGUGCCCAUUGCAUGCCUUCUCUCGACCAUGCCAGCAGCACUUGCUUGGUCACAUGGCAGCAGGGAAUCUGGAACCUCAAAAGAUUCCGACUUCUUCCAGACUAUCGCGGGAAGCGCAUUGCAACUCCUGGGUCUUGUUACAUUCAUCUGGCCAACACUACCUCAUCCGCGCCUCGUAGGUCAAACUUGGUGGUUCAUUUGGAUAUUGGCUAUUUUCAGUGCCAUCUGUGCAGUUCUGAGCAUCUCCCUGUAUCUAGUUGUGCCAAGCACCUGGAGCUUUGCAAUAGGGUUUGCUGGGGGAAAUUGCACAGGCUGUUGUACAGCUUCAGGUCAUGAAUGCAGUGUAAGAUGGCUGACACGACUUUGUCUCGUCAUCUACCAGAGGCUGCUCAUUGCUAGCAGCUUUUAUCAUACCAGCUAUGUAUGAAAAGGGCAUGCAGAGAACAAGAGACUAUAGAUCAGGGACUCAGGGUUCCACAGGUGUUCGAACAAUUCAAAUUCCGUGCUCGAGAUGCGGAGUUUAUCACUCUCAUGAUCGUUCCAUUACUCCAGUGUCAACCAUCGUUGUCGCAC